UGUCACUAAUGAAGUAAACAUUUUAUUCUUGAAUUCGAAUAUUUGUCUCAGAGUUUACAUAUAUUCCUGCCGCUAUUUUUUCAAAUUUAUCGGAACUAUGACCAGUAGAAUCUGUCGCCUGUGUCUACGACGGACAAAAGAUGCUUUACCUCUUUUCAAAGCUCGCAUUGGAGAAAAACUGUUGACCGAAAUGGUUUGGUCCACGUUUCAAAUUGAAUUUGAUAAAAACGGACUUUACCCGAGAUAUGUUUGCGGAAAUUGUAUAAAAAAGGUCGAUUAUCUCUAUAGUUUUCAACAGGAAUUGAUUAAGUGUCAAUCGGUGCUCCUAGAAUGCAGAAGAAAAAUAUCAGCCAAGAUCUUGAAAAAAGCCGAUUUACCUUCGUAUUACAGUGAUGGAAUUCUGAAAGAGACUGACUUUCUGGAAGAAUAUGUAGUUGAAGAGUAUUCGAUGGAAGUUGAACGGUUGGAUCAGAUCGAUGAAAAUGUAGCUGCCGAAGAGCAUCCAGCUGUCACUGUGGAAGCUGCAGCGGAGGUUGAUGAACAGUUGGUCGAUAUUAAAAUCGAAACUCUUGAAACCGAGCAUAUCGAACAGAUUAUUCCAGAUCCAGAAAAACAUAAAUAUUAUAGUGAUCUUGAAGAGGAUUUCAAAGGAUUCGAAGAUCCAAUUCCUGUAAAAUUAGAAUCAGCUGAAACUUCAGUAAGUGAGCUGACACAUAGAAAGUUUAGACAACCCGUUCCAAAGUUGACCAUUGCUGAAACAAUUCCUAAUAAGUGUUACAUUUGCAACACUGUUUACGAAAGCAAAGAUCUUUUCGACAUUCAUCUGAUCAGUCAUAAAGUAAUACUGCCAUACAAAUGUGUGAAAUGUAGCACCAUUGAAAAUGUCAUAGAAAUCAAGACAUUGGUAUUACUAAACAAACACUUUGAAUCGCAUGGGUUUAGUUAUGUAUGUUCACAUUGUCCUCUGCGGUUCCGUUCGUACCCACCGCUCUAUGACCACACUCGGAACGCUCAUGCAGAAAAUAAUCAAGGAUUCACGUGUGAUAUCUGUGGACAGAUGUUUAAUGAAAUUCGUAAAUUUCAAAAACACAGGCGAGCACAUAAAGCUCAACAAAUGGAAUUGUAUAAAUGUGAAACUUGUAACAAGGCCUUUCAAACGGGUACUCAGUUACGGCGUCAUCAGCGUAUACAUUCCGACAAGCGUCCAUUUGUGUGUCCAUACUGCAAUCGUGGCUUCAAUCACGAAUCUAACUAUCAGCAGCAUAAGAUGCGACACAUUCAACAGCAGUGCGAAGAUGACACUGGACAUCCUUGCACAGUGUGCAAAACGCACUAUACUAAUCCUACCGAUUUACGCGUUCAUAUGCGAGAACAUUUCCCUAAUGAUCCGUUGUAUAUCACAAAAACUGAUAUAUUACCGAAAGAGCUAAGAGAUUCGUCUAGUUAUCCAAGACCAUGCGAGGAAGGGAACUGCAAAUAUGUGGCUCCUUCAUACCAACUAAUGUGGUCACAUUAUCGAAAUCACUAUAAAAUGUAUCAAUGCCAAGAGUGCGGUCAUAAAUUCGCCACAGCUACAAUUCUCAAGAGGCACAUUGAGGUGAUACAUCAGAAGAUUCGUAAAUACAAGUGUGAAUAUUGCGAAAAAGCUUUUGGUUAUCAGCAUAAAUAUAAGGAGCAUAUGCACAUGCAUCGCGGGAUUAAGGCAUAUAAAUGUCGCUAUUGUAAUAAAACUUUCACUCACUCUUCCAAUGUGUUGGUACAUGAACGCAUUCACACCAAUACCAAACCGUACAAAUGUCCGAUUUGUGGAUCAUGCUACGUUACGACAUCGGCACUCAAAAAGCACCAGAAAACGCAUCGAUCGAAUGUGUUGGUUGAGGAAAUAAGUACAAAGAAAAUUGAUAAUGCUGAUCGGUAUGAGGACUCUGAAAUUUACUUCGAAAUCGAAUGUGAAGAACAGGAUAUCGCUGGCGAAGAGGAAGUAGUAGUAUUUGAUGUUUCAGAGUCGACGAUAUAGCAUGUCUAAUGAUUUUUUUUUUGCAUUUGAGAGAAGAAUAAAACAUUGAUAUGAAACGA